AUAUGAUUACAGUAAGACAAGUGUCUAAAUUGCAUUUUAUUGAUAUCUAUUGGCUCUAUGAUGACGGCGGACUUACACUACUUGUGCCAUACAUACUGUCACAGAGAAAAAGGUGGAAAAACUUUCAGCUUCGGGUGUUUGUCAUAAUCGAUAAAAUGUCAAAUGAAACUGUUAUUACAGAACAAAAUGUUUCAGAGUUAUUAGAGAAAUUUCGUGUCGAGUAUUACGAUAUUAUUGUAUUAGAAUUGCCAGAAAAAUCUUAUUAUAGAAGAAUUGAAGAUAUUAUUGAAUCGCUAUCCCAUGACUUGUGUUCAUCAAGUAGUGAUACUAAUGAAUUGGCCAUAAGUUUUCAACAAUAUCAAGAUUCUACCAACAAAUAUGUGGCUUUAAGAGAGCUAUUGGAAGAACAUUCAAAAUAUUCACAAUUAAUUGUCAUGACAAUAGAAAUCCCACGUAAGGACAACCUGAGUGCUCAUAUAUUUAUGUAUUGGUUGGAUAUGUUGUCCAUAGAAAUGCCUGAAUUUCUCUUUAUUCGCGGAAAUCAAACAAACUGUUUAACAAUAUAUAUCGAUUAAAAAAAUGUUUGUCAUAUCUUAUAAUCCAUAAAUUAUAUAUACUGUAUAUAUAUACCGA